CUCAAUCAAUCACGCAGCUCCAUCAUUCACGCAGCUCCUCCAUCAUUCUGGUGAGUUUCUGUAGGAAUAUCGGCGGCAGCGAUCUUAUCACCGGCGAUCUCGUCCGAGAGCGCGCGCGGCACCGUCGUCAACCUCCAGCGCUCGCAGGAAAUGGCGGACGAUGAGUUAACUGAUAUGAUGUAUGACAUGGAGUUUGGAGAACUGAUGAAAGACUGGAUAGAAGAUUGGUCAGAUGAUGAAAAUUCAGAUCGUGGAGAUAGGUCAGAGAAUGGGAACGUAUUGGAAGAUCUUAAUAUGGAUGAACAUGAUGAUGGUCAGGAAAACAAUGAGCAUGAUGAUGGUGAGGAAAACAACUCGGAGAUCUCGAAUGAAGAUUACAUUAGUCAGCUCAUUUCCGAAUGUCAUAAUGCGUACGACUAUUACGGUGAAUCCGACGCGGAGACAGGCCUUGAUGUCGAAUCAUUAGCUGCACCUGAUUCUGGGGAGUCACAAUCGUCGGUCAUCAUGAGUGAGGUAUGUAUGUAAUCAAUGUUGUAUGGAAGUAAUGUUAUACCAUAGAAAACUGUUUUCAUGGCUAUGUUAUGAUUGUGUAGGUGACAGAAGUUGAGGGGAAAAAGA